CUCGAUUAUGGUUCACCUUCUUCUUUUCUUUUGGACUCAAAACAUUAUUUUUAUCUGUUCAAUAACGUGACAAACAGAUAAAUAAUUUAUGUAGAAAAAUAAUUGUACUUGCACAGUUGCAUGCCUCAGAGCUUUUAUAAGUAUUAAGUAAACUUGUUGACUCAAAGGUUUUAAAACCCCAAAGUCAUAAAGCUCUCUCCACUCAAACAUGGCGGAACCAUCUUUUGCUCGCCUCUCUCUCUUCCUCUUCAGCUUUCUCCUUCUCUUCGCCACCUAUUCUUGGGUCUUUGGACCCGACUCAAGCUUCCAUGUCCGAAAAACUCUCAGGUCGGAUCCUAAACUCCGUGUUGACCACUCUUCCCAACAGCCUCAUCAUCCCCUUGACCCACUAACAGUGCAAGAAAUCGAGAGAGUCCGAACCAUCCUCUCGGGUCAUGACCCGGGUUUUGGUUCCGGGUCGGCCACGAUCCACUCCAUGGCCCUCGACGAGCCGGAGAAGCUACGUGUCAUCCAGUGGAAGAAAGGGAACCGGCUUCCAUCGCGAAGAGCUGAGGUCGUCGCUUUGUCGGGUGGUCAAAGCCACGUGAUGACUGUGGAUCUUGAUUCGGGUCGGGUCGUUUCUGACUUGGUUAAUCCGACUUGUGGCUAUCCGAUUCUCACUAUGGACGAUAUCUUCGCGGCUUCACAGAUUCCUUUCAAGAGCAUCGAGUUCAACCGCUCAAUAGAAGCGCGUGGGGUUAAAUUUUCCGACCUAGCAUGCAUAACGCCAUUCGCCGGAUGGUUUGGAUCAGCAGAAGAGGGGCAUCGAAUAAUAAGAGUGCAGUGUUACACAUUACAGGACACUUCAAACUAUUUCAUGAGACCCAUCGAAGGUCUUUAUGUAACAGUCGAUAUAGACAACUUAGAGGUUAUCAAGAUUGUCGAUAAAGGCCAGGUUCCAAUUCCCAAAGCCGCUGGUACAGAAUACCGGUUUGGUAUUCACAAUAAACCGGUGCAUAUGGAUCAUAUCAACCCAAUUUCGAUGGAGCAGCCGGAUGGUCCAAGUUUCCGGGUCGAAGAUGGACAUAUGGUUAAGUGGGCUAAUUGGGCUUUCCAUAUCAAAGCUGACCAACGUGCUGGUAUGAUCAUAUCUCAGGCCACAGUUCGUGACUCCGAGACAGGUGAACCAAGAAGUGUCAUGUACAAAGGGUUCCCAUCAGAGUUGUUUGUACCAUACAUGGAUCCAGAAGAAGGAUGGUACUACAAAGCUUAUAUGGAUGCGGGCGAGCUUGGUUUAGGCCCCACAGCAAUGUCACUUGUGCCCCUCAACGAUUGUCCCCGCAAUGCUUACUACAUAGACGGUGUUUUUUCCUCUCCGGAUGGAAAAGCCAUUGUUCAACCUAAUAUGAUAUGCUUGUUUGAACGCUACGCAGGCGAUGUCAGCUGGAGACAUUCUGAGAUUCUAAUCCCCAAUGUUGAUAUAAGAGAGUCAAGGCCAAAAGUCACAUUGGUCGCUCGAAUGGCAACUUCGGUCGGAAACUACGACUAUAUUUUCGACUGGGAGUUUCAGACUGAUGGUUUGAUCCGUGCCACGGUCGCAGCUUCAGGGAUGUUAAUGGUGAAAGGGUCACCUUACGAGAACGUAGAUGACUUAGGUGAUAAAGAGGAUGAUGCUGGACCGUUGAUCUCUGAGAAUGUGAUUGGAGUCGUACAUGAUCAUUUCAUAACGUUUCAUCUAGACAUGGACGUUGAUGGACCGAUGAACAAUUCUUUGGUUAAGGUUCAUCUAGAGAAGCAAAGAGUUCCAACAGGAAAAUCGCCGAGGAAGAGUUACUUGAAGGUCAAGAAAUAUGUUGCCAAGACUGAGAAAGAUGCACAGAUCAAACUGAGCCUCUAUGACCCAUAUGAAUUCCAUAUCGUUAACCCGGACCGGAAGUCUCGGAUAGGAAACCCGGCCGGUUACAGAAUCAUACCGGGUGGCAAUGCAGCGAGUUUGCUAGAUCAUGAUGAUCCUCCUCAGAUUAGAGGUGCAUUCAGCAAUAAUCAGAUAUGGGUAACUCAGUAUAACCGGUCAGAACAAUAUGCUGGAGGAGUUCUGGUUUACCAGAGCCACGGCGAUGAUACACUACAAGUUUGGUCAGAUCGAGACCAUUCGAUCGAAAACAAGGACAUAGUGUUGUGGUACACUCUAGGGUUCCAUCACGUACCUUGUCAAGAAGAUUAUCCAGUCAUGCCAACUGUAGCGGCUAGCUUUGAGCUUAAACCGGCCAAUUUCUUUGAGUCCAAUCCAAUUCUUGGGGCUGCACCCUUCUUCGACAAAGACUUACCGGUUUGCAAGCCAUUUGCUUCAUCUUGAUCAGCUCUGUCUCAUUUAGAAUCUAGGUCAGAUCAAAUAUCAUGUUAAGCCGAAGGCUGUUGAAGUUUGUUUAUCGUUUUGUAAUAAAACCAAAACUCAACAAGUAAUUCUUCGAUAGAGAGUUGA